AUGUUGGUUGAUGAGUUCCCUCCCAGAUACCUUGUCAAGACAGUCGAUGGUUUAGUAACGGUCAUCAGGAUUCAUCGAAUGAGUUCUUUCACACGUUCAGGAACUUAUCAAAAUCAGUCAAGAUCUUCAUCGUAUUACUCUAGAUGGAAAUCAUUGACCUUAGAAGUUGAACCUACUAUUGGACUCGAAUUGCAUGUUCAAUUGGCUAGUUCAUCGAUAUUUUCUUCAGAAUUUGUCAUGGUCAGAAUCAUCGAAGUGAUCAUAAGCCAGUUACUAGCCUUUGAAGGAAUUAGACCAGAUGAAGGUUUUGGUAGAGAUGUCCGUUGUCAAUGCUCAAUAACAUUUUUACUAAGUUGUCUCGGCUUUGAUCCGGGCAUGGCUAAAUUAUAUGCUUUGGAGAUCCUAUCAUUGGCAUCCGACUCUGAUUCUUCCUGUCCCUUUAACUGA